UUCAACUGCAUGUGUAGCAAGCCUUCACUCAGCCAUUUACAAGCGCGAGCACUUCAGAGAGUAGACACUGAUAAAGCACCGCAAUAUAGAUGGAAUUGUAAUAAUGGAAUACCACUGGGUACUGUUUUCUGUCUUGUUGCAGUUAACCUUCCAAACAGGCAGCUCCAGGCCCACCAUCACCCCCAGCAACCCCUACCUGGUCAUUCCACUCAAUGCCCCCUUCAGUCUGCGUUGCCAGGGUGACCAGGUGAUGCGGUGGCAGAGGGAGGACCGUCCAAAGCUGAGGGGCGAGGUGCGGAGUAAUGGGGCGUCCGACCUGGAAAUCCCCAAAGCUCAGCCUGUCCACAUGGGCCGAUACAUCUGCCUGGAGGAGAGCAGCGGAGAGCAGAGCUCUGUCUACGUCUUUGUCAAAGAUCCUGAUAAUGCCUUUAGAAAGACUAUGGUGUUCAGUAUCCUAACUCGUGCGGGAGACAGCGCCUCCAUCCCCUGCCUAGCAACUGACCCGGGCGUGGUCAACCUGAGCCUGGAGCCAUGUCAUGGCGGUGCCCUCCCUACUGGCCUCCACUAUGUUGCCAGCCUGGAGCGGGGCAUGGUUAUCUUCGACACUAAGAAGGCCUUCGAGGGCUGUUAUAUCUGCACUGGCAGACUUGGCGGCGCCCACGUUAAAUCACAUCACUAUGAUCUGACUGUGCGCCCAGUCCCAGACGCCGCCCCUGUGAUUGAGAUGCGGGAACCCAAGAGGGUGAUCCUGACACGGGGCCAGACUCUUACCUUGACCUGCAGCACCACCAACGUCAACGGAGACAUCAAGCUGAAGUGGGCCGCACCGCCAGGCACGGAUGCCGUGUGGGCUUCGUAUCCACAGCAACCGGCGGUGGAGAACGCCUCACGCAUCCUGACUGAGCCCAUCAAACACGUCCGUAGCGCUAGGCUCUACAUCAACUCUGUCAGGGCACGGGAUUCUGGGAGAUAUCGAUGUGAGGGUCAGAAUGAGAAGGGGAUCAACUCUGAGUCAAUUUGGCUGGACGUCUAUGAUAGAGGAUUCAUUAAUCUGACUCCAUCAGACAACGGUACAGUGCGUGUUCGUGCUGGUGAGAGUCUGUCCCUGCAUGUGGACAUGGAAGCCUACCCCAAACCACACACCUUCACCUGGAGCUUCUCAGGCCAGCAGCUCAGGAACACCUCCGACCAUGUCAUCACCACACAGAACCACCAACACAGGUACAACAUUGUGCUGAGGCUGGUGCGUUUGAAAAUGUCAGAGAGUGGAGUCUACACCUUUUAUGCCUCCAAUGGUGACGCAACAGUCAAUCAGUCGUUUUCGGUCUACGUAAUCAGUAAACCAGAGAUUGUAUCUCACGAGGGCCCGGUGGACGGACAGGUGCGAUGUGUAGCUAAGGGAUACCCCGCCCCACAGAUCACCUGGUACUACUGUGAAGAGCCCUAUAUGAGGUGCUCCCACCAGAUGAACGCCACUCAGGAGGACCAGGACAUUGUCACAGUGACAUUGUUGAGUCCCUCCUUUGGGAAGACGGAGGUGGAGAGCAGGCUGAACAUCACCACGGGAAGAUUCCACACGUUGGAGUGUGUGGCCACCGUGGAGGGAGAGCAGGCCUACACACUGUUCUCUAUCAGUGAGAGAACAGUGCCCCAUGAGCUCUUCACCCCUCUGCUGAUUGGCUUUGUGUCAGCAGCGGUCCUCCUCUGUGUCAUCCUCAUAGUGCUCUUCUACAAGUACCUGCAGAAACCCAAAUACCAGAUCCAGUGGAAAGUCAUUGAAGGUAUCCACGGAAACAACUAUGUGUAUAUUGACCCUACCCAGCUCCCAUACGACCACCAGUGGGAGUUCCCCCGGGACAAACUGCGUUUCGGGAAAACUCUGGGCUCCGGAGCCUUCGGGAAGGUGGUGGAGGCUACUGCUUAUGGAAUGUCCAAAGCUGAUACAGUGAUGACAGUGGCGGUCAAAAUGCUCAAACCCAGUGCCCAUGCCACUGAGAAGGAGGCGCUGAUGUCAGAGCUGAAAGUUCUCAGUUACCUUGGAAACCACAUGAACAUCGUCAACCUGCUUGGAGCCUGUACUGUUGGAGGCCCAACCCUGGUGAUCACAGAGUACUGCUGCUUUGGUGACCUCCUGAACUUUCUGAGAAGGAAGAGAGAAACGUUCUUUUGCUCUAAGCUAGGGGACGACUGCUACUACAGGAAUGUCAUGCUGCAGAGGGGAACAGCUACAGCUGGAGACAGCAGGAAUGGCUAUGUGGAUAUGAGGCCUUCUGUCACUGGCGUCCUGCCAAAUGGCUUCUCCUCAGAGAAGAGGCGCUCGAUGCGCAAAGCAGGUGGUUCCAGUAGUGAGCCAGAUGUUGUGAGUGAGAUGCUCCAUGAGGACGGUCUCUCUCUGGACACAGAGGAUCUGCUCAGCUUCUCCUAUCAAGUGGCCAAAGGCAUGGACUUCCUGGCUUCCAAAAAUUGCAUCCACAGAGACCUGGCAGCCAGGAACAUUCUCCUGACCCAGGGACGAGUGGCAAAGAUCUGUGACUUCGGCCUUGCUCGUGACAUCACCACUGACUCCAAUUAUGUAGUCAAAGGCAAUGCUCGUCUCCCAGUCAAGUGGAUGUCUCCGGAGAGCAUCUUUGAGUGUGUGUACACAUUUGAGAGUGACGUGUGGUCCUAUGGCAUCUUGCUCUGGGAAAUCUUCUCUCUCGGAAGCAGUCCAUAUCCUGGGAUACCUGUGGACUCAAAGUUCUACAAAAUGAUUAAGGAAGGAUACAGAAUGGAUGCACCAGAGUUUGCACCGAGUGAAAUGUAUGAGAUAAUGAGGUGGUGCUGGGAAGCGGAUCCCUUUAAGAGACCCUCCUUCAGCAAGGUGGUGGAGAGGAUCGAACAACAGCUGUCAGACACCACCAAACACAUCUAUCUGAAUUUCAGCUCCAAGUUUCCGGUUACAAUGGUGCCGCAGGGUACCAAUGUGGACCAGGGGACACAGAACGCCAACGUCCUGCGUCUCAACUCGGUGGGCAGCAGCAAUGCCUCCACUCAGCCCCUAUUGGCCAGCGCCAGCGAUGACGUCUUCCUGGAGGAGAUGGGCACCAGGCUCAGGGUCCACCGGGUGUAAGGCCACACCCCCACGAUGGCUGCCACAUAAAGUGCCUGUUUAGUGCAGCCCAAACACCCCACCACACCUAUCCCAACCAUAUACUGUGUCUAGCUAUUAGCCACCCCCUUCCAACCGUAUGUCUAGCUAUUAGCUUCCCCCUUCAGACAGAGGCUUGAAGAAGGACUAGGUCUUCUCAAAACCUCUUUUCCUGGCGCCUUUAGUGCAUGGACGAGACCUGUCACCUACUGUCUCCAUAGUAUCUGGCCCUGUCUCUCAAAAGCUUGGAUAUAGUCACACUGUCUUUACUCUCCAGGCCAUUGAGCUACUGUGUAUCACGUUUGUGCUGUUAGAAAUGGACACUGUAUUUUAUAGCUCCAUAGUAGUGCUAUUUUCUGUGGACUUUUCUCAAUGUUGCUUUCACCGUUUCUAAAUAUGUUUCAUACAGUGUUUAUGUUUGCUUCACAUUUCUGUUGUCAAUGUUAAACUGAAUUACUUUGUUUUUUGUUGUUGUUUUGAAUUACGCUUUAUCUCAAACUAAAUCAUAUAGCAUUUUCAAUGGUUGGAGUACAAUUAUUAUUUGAGGUGAAGGCACUUAAAUUUGAACAUCAUUCCAGAUGUAGACAUCAUGUAAUGACGCUUUCACCUUUUGUCUGUUCCACCUUCCACCUUUUAAGAAUUAAUGUCAGUAUUAUUCCACAUGUUCAGUUUUGGUGACUAUGUGAUGUAGAGACAUUUUGUCAGACAUUUCUAGGGCCAAUGGUUUAAAUGAUAUUCAGUAGGCUAAGUCUUAUCACUUGAUUAGAUUGAGAUGUUUUAAGUAUGGUACAAUGACUUCAGCUUUUAGUUGAUGUCCCUGUGUAUAUAUGUACAUAUUGACCUUGGGUAUGACUAGUAAUAAGUGUAUGAUGUGAGAGGUAGCAUUAGCUUAGAUUCCGCCUGGGAGGCUGCCUGCUGGAGAUUCCUUGUAAAUAUGUAAAUAUGUUUCUGGUGUCGGCACCUCUUCUGUCCUGUAGCGUAUGUGUGACCCUUGUUUACAUUUGUCAUCAGACAGGUACUGCUGUAUCACCGGGGUGUUUACUUAGUACAAAAACUGUCUCCAAAGAUGGGGAAGGCUGAAACAGUGCAUGGUUAUAAUGAGCAUACUGUACAAGGAAACAGGCGAUCACUAUUCAAGGUAUUAGUCAUUUGAUCUUUUCUACUCAUACAGAUUGUCAAAGGAGGCUUUCUGUUUUGAGGUGAAGCCAAUGAUGCUUGUUUCAAAUGCCAAUGUGGAGCUUGCAGUACAGACCAACAACCAUUAAGCUAACUGUUCUGAGGAAAAGCCAAUUUGAAAGUUAGAUGUUAGAGGUGUUUAGUCAGACCAGGUGGUGACAUGUCUUAUAGUUCCCAACAGUCCUGUGGAGAGUAGCGUCAGUGCUCCCGUCCCAGCAGUCCUGUGGAGAGUAGCGUCAGUGCUCCCGUCCCAGCAGUCCUGUGGAGAGUAGCGUCAGUGCUCCCGUCCCAGCAGUCCUGUGGAUAGUAGCGUCAGUGCUCCCGUCCCAGCAGUCCUGUGGAGAGUAGCGUCAGUGCUCCCGUCCCAGCAGUCCUGUGGAUAGUAGCGUCAGUGCUCCCGUCCCAGCAGUCCUGUGGAUAGUAGCGUCAGUGCUCCCGUCCCAGCAGUCCUGUGGAGAGUAGCGUCAGUGCUCCCGUCCCAGCAGUCCUGUGGAGAGUAGCGUCAGUGCUCCCGUCCCAGCAGUCCUGUGGAUAGUAGCGUCAGUGCUCCCGUCCCAGCAGUCCUGUGGAUAGUAGCGUCAGUGCUCCCGUCCCAGCAGUCCUGUGGAUAGUAGCGUCAGUGCUCCCGUCCCAGCAGUCCUGUGGAUAGUAGCGUCAGUGCUCCCGUCCCAGCAGUCCUGUGGAUAGUAGCGUCAGUGCUCCCGUCCCAGCAGUCCUGUGGAUAGUAGCGUCAGUGCUCCCGUCCCAACAGUCAGUAGCUGAUUUCUCAGCCAUCCCUCUACUCUUUGUGUCCAGCUGCUUCCUCUGACGGAAGUGCUACUUCCACCAUCUCUCAACCAGGGCUCUGUAUCACUCCAGACUCCCAUCACUAGGACUUCCCUCUUCCCACACUGAGAUAUUGUUGUGAAGAGCACCUGGAAAAUGCUGUCUGAAUGACUGAAAGGGUGUGUGUGUGUGUGUGUGUGUCUGCAUGUGUGCAUCUGUGUGUCUGCAUGUGUGCUAUUUGUAGGUGCCACUGAAUUAAAUGUAUGAAAUUUACCCAACAAACUGUUCAACCCUGUCCUUCCCAAAGCUGGAUAUUUGUAAAUAUGUGUGUGAAUACAAUGUAAGUAAUGUGGAUGCUGUCUUAAUGUUGUAUUUUAUUUUCUAUUGAUAUGGUACAUUUAAUGCACAACUCUGAUAUGCUGUAAUAUGAAAAAUGUCUUACCAGAAAUAGAUACACAGAUGCGUACACCCACAUAAUAUUUACUGUACAUCUUCUUCUUUGAAGAUAAGCUGCUUGUUUUUCUGUAGAUGUGGUAACUACUGUAAACGUACUGUACCUAUACAUAAUCUUUCUUUGGGCUUUGCUGUAGAAUGUAUUAUUCCUUGUGUAGUGUAAUUUUCCCCUUGGCUUGGCACUAACCAUUGCAUUCUGUCUUCAACAAGCAAGCCAAAACAUUUAUUUCUUUUUAAACGCUUAUGGACAGCUUUGCCUUACAAAUCAAGUUGGUUUUCAACCCCAAAACAGGAAUGCCUUGUACUUUCAUGGAAAUGGCAAAUAUUGUCUAAUUUUGCUAAUUACAAGAAAGGACAAGUAGAACUGGAGGGCAAUAACUUACAUCAAUACUCUGCUCUUUCCCUUAUGCCACAUAGAAUAGGAAACAUAAAAAGAGGUAAUUACACAGUAAUAACACUGUAGUUACAUGGUUAUAUCUGUGCCAUUCAUCAUGCUGUUAAAAAGCACAAUCAAAAUAUUGUCUGAUUAUCGCUAACAAUUUUACUCUAUAACGGUUGAUAUAAUGUGACGGCUGAUACAAUAUGACGGCUGAUACAAUAUGACGGGUGAUACAAUAUGACGGCUGAUACAAUAUGACGGCUGAUACAAUAUGACGGCUGAUACAAUAUGAUGUGUGAUAUAAUAUGACGGCUGAUAUAAUAUGACGGCUGAUACAAUAUGGCGGCUGAUACAAUAUGACGGCUGAUACAAUAUGACGGCUGAUACAAUAUGACGUCUGAUAUAAUAUGACGGCUGUUUUAGAAAUCUUAGAACACUUGCAUAUUUCCCUAUACAACGUUUAUUUUGUGCAUCUAGUUGUAUAUUUAUUUUACAAGAGGCAAUGUUUGUUGUGCACAUUUGCAAUGGGUUGCUGUUUCUUGUUACUGUAAUAUAAAUAAAAU